AAAACCCAAGAAAAUUACGAUGAAUCCGGUGGCUUUAUGGAUGAUGACGAUGAAUAUGCAAGCAUUCGAGAACGAAUUGCUGAAGCACGUCAGAAACGCCUGGACGAAGCGGCUGGCUUGGCCGAAUUAGUUGCACCAGAAAAUUGUGCGGAUUGUGGGAAGCAGCUCGGCGAUUCUUAUUUGUGGGAGAAGUUCAGUUAUCCGGUUUGCGACGGAUGCAGAGAUGACAAAGGGGCUCACAAAUUAUUGCCACGAACAGAUGCGAAAAAUGAAUAUUUGCUGAAAGAUUGUGAUCUGGAUUUGCGCAAACCAGUGCUUAGGUAUAUUUCGAGGAAGAAUCCUCACAAUCCUCGUUAUGGCGAUAUGAAACUCUACUUAAAAGCACAGGUGGAAUCUUUGAUCAACGCCCUGAAGCCACUUCCGUUCAGGGGGAGGAGGGGGUUGGUGUGCGUGGACUGCUUGCAGGUACGUGGGCCAAGAAUGGCAAGAAGUGGUUCUGGUAGAGCACACGAUCAUGUUUAUGGCGACGAAUCAUACGACUCUGAAAAGGAUGUGUAUUGGAAAAUGUGCAAAAUAUGUGAUUAUAAAUUAACCUACGAGAAGAUGUGA